AUGGUUGCAGAAUUUGAUCCACCAAAUAUUGACAUUACCAAUCUGGAAUUUGUUGAGAUUAUUAGACAGACCAACAAUGUGUUUCUGUGCCGAGCCCGCUGGCAAGACAAAGACUGCGUGCUGAAAGUGUUUCCUCCCUACAAAUGGGAGAGGAUCCACCCACCGUUUCGUUCGAUUGAUCUUUUCAAAAAUGAAAGUCGGGCAUACAGUCGAUUGAAGGCUCGAGGCUUUUGCGAACGAGGAUCUGUGCCUGAUUUCUAUGGGGUAGUUGAGAAUAUUGACCCUGAGGCGAAGGGCUGGCAACCACAGCUCAAGGAAUUUCAUGAUAAAACAUUUCCUCGAGGUCUUGAUCCCAAGGCUCGACCAAACGGUGUUUUGAUGGAAUACAUUCCCGAUGUGAACAUACUUGAGCUCUCUAACUACACAGAGACAAGAGCUCAUAAGCUCCGGCAGCUCCUAUUCGAGAUUCAUGAGGCUGGGAUUGUACACCUUGAUCCUUAUCCCCGAAAUAUGCUAAUCCAGGGUGAUUCCGAUCGAGUACUCUGGAUCGACUACGAACUUGCCCAGAUAUUUGAUCCAGAGCACUCAGAGCACCCCAGAUUCUUUGACCAGGAAAGAGAAUUCAUGGAUGCUUUUGUUGAAGCACUGGACAGAGAUUAUAAGCUGGGAAAGUAUGAAGAAACGCGGUCGAUCUAUUUUGAGUGA